AUGAAGAUCACUAAGGAUAAUGCUCAUAAAGGAACAAGAUUAUACUAUAACAUAGCCAAGUCUAAAAGAAACGAAAACACAUGUUGCUCAAAUAAUCAUGACAGUAGUCCGAAAAGAGAAAAUGACAACAUCUGUCUAAACUCAUAUAUUAAGGAUGUCUCGGAAGGAACAAAAUGGAAAGAAAAAAGUGUGUCAAAAAAGUUUUUAUUGGAUUAUGAAUUAAGCACAGAAAUGAUUGAAAAUUUUGUUCGUAUAGACCACAAGAAUUUACCAUAUUUAAAGAACGAAUUUACAAACUACAUUAACAGCAAGAACGUUGUGCGAAUAAUAGAUCUUUUUGUUCAUAAUUUAUUUUUUCAUUUCAAGAAUAUUAGUAAAAACAUUAAUAAUUUUUAUUUGUCCUUUAACAAAAUCGUUUAUCCAUUUCAUUUCCAUUUCUUCAAUAAGAACAUUUGUGAAAAUUGUAUACUAAAAGAUAAUAAAAAUAUUUUAGGUUUGGAAAAAUACCAACAUGGCUUGACCAGAAAAAAUACAAAAAAAUAUGAGCAUCAUUUUGCUCACACAUGCAAUAAGGAGAUGAAAAAUGAAAGUGAAUUUCUGCCACGAAUUUUAAAUGCAUGGUGUAAAAGGAUAAAAUAUGUGAUAAAUAUUUACAAUGAAAAUAAAAAAAAAUAUAAAAUAAAAAAAUAUUUAUUGAAACUUGAGGAAGAAGCGCAUUUAAAAAAGGAUAACUUAUUUUUCGAUCAAAAUAGUAGAUAUAGUAUGAUUGAUUGUGUUAACACAUUAACAGAAAUGAUUCUUUUUGAUGAUGUAAAAUGGAAAAAAUUGAAAGAUGUGUCUUUUUUUCAAAAAAGAAAUCCCAUUUGUUCACACAAGAAAACAUCAUAUAAUAGCAAAUCCAAUAGAGAUGGGAAAAAAUUAACAAAUGGAAAGAAAAGCCAUUUGAUUAGAAAACAAUCAAACAAUCCAAUCGAUGGUGUAGAAUUUAUGUUACCUGAACAACCCAGGGAAAAUGGAGAGUUAUUUGACGAAUAUGUAACCGAUUUAUACUUAAUUAAUUUGAUAAAAUGUAAAAUUGAAGAUUAUUUUAAAAAUGUACAAGUAAAAAAAUUUUGGAAUUUUAUGAAUACACAAUAUCUAACGAAUUUUGAUUAUAAAAGAACGGGAAAGGGAAAAAACGAGAAAGGAACAAGCAUUGUAAAUGACAACUAUGAAGAGUCAAUUUAUGAUUACAUUCAAAUCGUUGAGAAGAACAAAUGCAAGAAGUAUGUAAAAAUGAAACAAGUAGAAAAAACAUCUGGACAAGUUAAGAAAGAAAUGGGGAAUAGCAGUAGUGUGCAUAAUUUUGAAGAAGGAAAAAUAGAUAAAGAAUUUAUCAUAAAAGACAUAUUCAACAAUACAAUGAAAAGUUAUAGAGUUAAUGAAGUUCACUUUUAUUUAAGUAAUUAUGAUAAUAUAUUUUUAAAAUCUAUAACUCGUUUUUAUCUUUUAUUAAAUUUUUCCAUAGAAAUUAUAGCCAUACUUUACGAAGACUUAGAUUUGUACUCUGUCCAUAUUUUCGCCUUGUAUGAAAAAUUGAAUGAAAAAUUUUGCAAGAAACAUUGUGAAGUUUCUCAUUCAAGUUUUCAUAGGAGGGAAAAUGGAAGGAAUGAAAAUGUUAUUAACAGGGCCAAUAUGCAUAGUAGUAAUAACGCCAAAUCGAAUGUAUUCCAUGAGGAUAGUAAUUACAGAACGGGAAGAAAUUGUAACGAUCAGAAUUAUGGCAUUUGGGGAGGACGUCCCCACUCAGACAUUUAUAUCUGCAAAAAACACAAAGAAGGUUGUAAGUACGGCAGUUAUAGUAAGGGAAUAUUUCCUCCCAGUGUAAAUGCAAAUUUUUGUAACCUUUCUCCUGUUCAGAGAAAGCUUGAUACUAUUGUUUUCUUUUUAUUGAAAGUAUUUUUAAAAAGAGAACAAGAUGGUGUCUCUAGUUUAUAUUGUGGUAAAGCCAGAGUGUGUAACAAUUUCAAGAAUGUGAAAAAGUACUUGAAGGUGGAAAAAUACAAGGAAAUUAUAAAAGAAAUAAAAAUAUUAAUCAGAUACAUUUUUGAAAAAAAGAUACACAUGCAAAAACCAAUUGUUAAUUAUUUGCUAAGAGUAUAUAAUAAGUAUAACAAGAAAAUUUUUGAAUUCGAUAUAAAUGAGGAGAACAUUAAUAUUAAUUCUAAUUAUGUAUCCAUUUUAAAAAAAAAAUUCCUUUUACAUUCUUUGAAUUUUCACUCCUUUGAAUUUUUUUCCAAAAAAGAUUUGCGUCUAAAUAUGAAUAGCUUUCGUAGCGCACGUAGCAAAAGAAUGCAACUAACGAUUCCUGGUCAUGAUAAAAGGAAAAAAAAAAUCAUUAAAUGGAAGACUUCAUUUCAUAAUGGAGUUCUUAGCAAAGGAAAACAAUCAAUAUUGUGGGAAAAAUAUUAUCCCAAACGGUAUAAUUACAUACGAAGGGAUGUCUGUGUUAACACCUACAUGAGGGAUAGUUGUCGCUAUGAUCAGGGGUCUGCAUACAUGGUUUUCUCCAAAGUUAACAGAAGGAGAGUAAUGAGGAAGAAUAGAACGAGAUAUCUGAGAAAACUGAGUCUUUCAGUGUAUUCCUACUUUAGGUUGGCGCAGCACAUUGGCAUUAGUUCGAUCGGGGAGAAAAAAAAAAAUAAUAAUAAUAAUAAAAUAAUAACUAAAAAGGUUAAAAUAAAUAACAAAAAAAAAAAAAAAAAUAAAAUAAAAAAAAAAAAUAAUAAUAAUAAUAAUAGUAAUAGUAAUAGUAAUGACAGGAGCAAUGGUUGUACUCUCCCUAAUUGCAGCAACCGAGGGAAGAGGCCGGGAAAAGCGAGCGCACAUCUCUCCGUCCUCACCUUUUACAAGAACCAUUUUGUAAAAACGUUAAAUCUAGUGCUAAUAAAACGUAAAUUUCGCCAUAUAAGAAGGAGAAUAAACAGAAUUUAUAAAAAUGUAGUUAGCAAUGUUAAGACACACAAUAGGAAGACUAAAAAAUACCAGUUGAAUCAUUAUGACAAAUACCACAAAGUCUUUGUAGAUGUAUUAAACAUUAUUAAAACUCAAGACAAAGAGAUUAGGAGCAAUCUAUAUGGAAUGUUACGAGAGGUGAGCAAUCAGUUGAACUUGUUCUAUGCUAACAUUUGUCUUUGCGCUCCGUCUGAAAAUGGAGAUAAAAAAAAUAUAGAAAAUGUGAUGAAGCAAAAAAUUGAAUCCUUCAAGAGGAAUAUAGUUUGUGAGUUUCCACAAGAGACAAAUGUAUUUCAGUUAAGUAGAGAAUUUUCCAUAGAUAAUGUCGAAAGGGUAGAGGUAGCCAAUGAAAUGGGCAUCGAGAUGGCAGGAAAAACAAAUGAUCAACUUCUUGACGAAAUAAACAGCAAUGGUCUGUGCCAUAACAAAUUGGAAUAUCAAAUGGGAGAAAAUCUCCCCUGUGAUGACAUCAGUAGGAGUAAAGAUAAUGGAUUCAAUCAAGUCCACUACUUGAACGAGACAGUGGGAAUCGUUGAAACAGAGAGAAGAUAUUCUGAGCAAUGUUUGAAUGGCGAAAGGAUUGAUACAUAUGCACACACCUGUGUGAAAUGUCGCAAUUUUAUGGACAAGAAUAUAUUAGAAAAAAAAAAAAAAUUAUUUGACAAAUUUUGCAAUUUAAAGAAGCAUUACAAAGGAAAAUCCAAAAAAAUAAAUUAUUUGGCAUACGACCUAUCCAUUUUAAAGGAGUAUAUAUACAUGUAUUUGAAAAAAUAUUUUGAUGAUAUUAUUCUUUUAUUCGAAUAUUUCUUUUCUAUUUCGAAUAGCUAUUUUGGUUUGGAAUAUGUCAAAAGGAAUAAUGACAAGUCUUUCACAAACACGUGUCCCAUGUCUAGAACAUCUUUUCCUAGCAAUCAAACCUCUUCCAGCACUGUCUGCACUUACGUCUCACGAGGAUGUAAUGAUAGUACUGAAGGAAAUAAUAAAAAGGAAGAUUUAUUGUGUGAAUUGUUUACCUUAUCAAACUUUGACAAUUUCAACAAUGAGAGUGAAUUGAGAUUGGAUUUCCUGAACUGGAAAAACAGUACACACAUAAAAUAUUAUGAUAACUACGUGUUGAUUAAUAAGCUAAGAUAUUUUGUGAAGAAUGACAUAAUACAGUUUAUUAAUAAAAAUAUAAACUUUGUAAAUAAUGAUGCAUGUUUAAAAAUAGGGAGCGUGAAAAAAGUAUUUCGUAUAUUGUAUAUGUUUCUAAAAAUGGAGGCCAAUAGUAACAGUGAAAUUUUUAUUUUUAAAAUAUUCUUUAACUUGAUUAUCAAAUAUUGGAAAUACUGUCAGAAGAAAGCAAUGAAGAGGGGUUCCCAAACGAGGGAGAGUGCCUUCCCAACGGAAAGGAGUGGUUCUUUGAAUCAAUUAAAUGAACACGAAGUUGAAAAAAAAUUUUUAUUCUACAAAAAGAAGAAGAAAUUUUUAGAAAAAUUCGGAUUAAAUUAUUUUAACAUAUCUGAUGAUGUUACGAAUUUUUUAAAAUACGUAAUUCUAUUUUGUGACACAGAUAAUACAGAACAUACAGGAAAGGAAGUAAAUUUUAAAAUAAGUUCGACAUAUGAAUUUACCAAUGAUAUUUGUAGUACCAAUAUGUAUAACUUAUCAAGUAAUUGUAAAGAUGAUAAUGCUUUAAGAAACACCCUUCAAAAAAUAAUCAGAAAGAAGAAGAAAAAAAUUUUAUACCUUUUAGAAAGUAAGACAAAGAUGAACACAACGAAAAAUUGUCACAAAGAGGAACAAAUGCUAGAACACUUAUCAAAUAUAUAUGAAAUUAUUCAACCAAGUAAUUUAAAAAAAUAUGAAAAUAUGAAGUUGUUUAUAACCAUAGAUAAGAAAAAGAAAUCAAAUAGAAAAAGAAAAUUCGAUUGUGAUGAAAACAUUUCCAAUGUAGACAUACAUAAUGAUAAUGUCCACACUUUCGAAAAAAGAAUAAAAAAAUAUAUUAUCAGAUUUGUGGAUGAUAAUAAGUAUGUCUUUCCCUAUAUUUAUAACACCUUUGACUUUGAUUCUUUGGGGAAAGUAACUGAGUCACGUACGACACCAUCUCUCAAUCCUAUUGACUAUGAUAUUGUCACUUUAAAUAACAAUUUCAAGUUUUUUCAUUACAUUAAUACCAACAGAAAAUACUCUUUUAAAAAUUCCAUUUUGAACUAUGUUUAUGGUUACCCUGUCUUAUGCAUAAAAAAAGACAAUCACGAAAAUGUUCCUUCAUCCAUUGAUCUUAUAACACCACCUCUCAUGGGAAUACAUAAGAAGGGAAUCUGUCAAAAAUUAGCAGUUACAGGAACAGCAUAUGGAAAGAAGUGCUUCAACAGCACUAAUGCUUUUCAAGUUAACAAUUUCAGAAGUGAGACCACGAAUGAGAGAAUCAUUCCAACAUCUAACACUUGUGGCAUGUCUGGAGAGAUAUCAAGUAUCAGAGUCCCAAGUAAUUGCGUUAUCUCGAACAGUGGCCAAGAGGAUUGUUCUGUUGUUAUGGAGAAACCGAAUGGAGUUGAGAAACCAUACUACAAAGAAUGGUCCUUCUUAAAGGAAACGAAAAGGAUGAAAGAAAAGAAUUUUCAUAAAAGUGCUUACCAUGGGGAUACUAAAAAAGGUGGGAAAAAUGGAAUCACUGAAUGUGGAAAAAAUGGAAUCACUGAAUGUGGGAAAAAUGGAAUCACUGAAUGUGGAAAAAAUGGAAUCACUGAAUUUGGAGAAAACUGUAAUGAGAUUCAUGAGAAUGGACUUGAGUAUGACCAGGGGAGAACUCAGAAGAAUCAUUACAUGGAAAAUCUAAAGGAUUAUUGGAGUAGGGAAUGUGGAAAUUGUGGCAGUUCAAAUGAAAAGGACCCAAGCAUGAAUUCUUUGAAAGAACUUUUUCACAAAUUAUUCAGAAAAAAGAAGAGGAAAGAAUUGAUACAAAUGUUGAACAAAUUGAACAUAUCAAAUAAUGUGCCUCUGAAAUAUAUCCAUCUAUGUAUCAUUGGAGAUAUUUUUAAACACUUAAAAUUGGAUCAUAUUCUUACAGAUAUUAUUAAAAAAUUAUAUGAAGAAAUAUUAAAAGAUAUUGAAAAAAAGUUUAUGCGAUCAAAUGACAAACAUCAAUUGUCGAACGUUUUGAUUUGUUUCCUCCUUUACUUUUCUUCUUUCUUAGACAUUAUUUUGGGAGUAAGAAAUAACAAUUACAUCAAUUUAACCCAAUAUGGUGAUUUUAAUAUUUUUAACAAUUUCAAUGAUGUUAUAUUUAAAAAACAGAAAAAGAAGAAAAAUGAAAACAAUUUCACCACGAGUGAAAUCAGAGAGAGGAAAAGUUAUAUAUACAUGCACAACCGAUUUAGUCGAAGGAGUAAUUACUUAUGGUUACUUCAGAAGUUGAAUCAUAACGAUUUAGGUCCUCAGGUAGAUGGGGUGUAUGUAUGUUCCAAGGAGAUUAAAACACUUGCUAUGGAAUCAAAAGCCUCAGCACAUCUUGCAUCUUUACUUAAUAACUAUCGUGACUAUAACUUUUCCUUUUUGAAUAAUACCAGUUAUACUGAACAGAACAAAGGAAAGCAUUAUCUUUACGUACAUAAUAACGAUGAUGAAAAAGUGGAGAAUAAUCAAGAAAAAGUGCAAAUGGAAGAGAAGGUAACGGAUGAUGAAAAAACUUUGAUGUGUAAGUAUUUGAAUAUAAGUAUACAUAACGUGGAAGAAAAUAUGGAAUACCAAAAAUCCAUACUCUUCUUAUCAAGGAUUAAUUUUUCAUGUUCUAUGAAAUGGUAUGAAAAUGGUUUUCCAUAUAUGCCAAAUUACGAACUCAUAGAAGAGGCGCAAGUAAGAAACGAGAGGGAAACAACUAAUGCAGAACUUACAUGUAGGAAUAUACUUUUAGGUAUGCAAAAUGGAAAUAUUGAUUAUAAUGGUGAUUAUAAUGGUGAUUGUAGAAUGGCAUUGUGCUUGAUUCCAAGAAUUCGUCUAAUUCUAACAAUUAUGAGGACAUACCUAAAAGAAACAUUAAACCAAAAACGAUAUUGCAUUGCUGAUGCUUUGGAAAAUUUUAAAAAUUGCAAGAACGGUUUGGAGGAUAUUAAAUUUAUGUACUAUUUAAUUUAUCUACUAAAUUUUGAAAAAAAAGAAAAAAAAGUGCCUGAUUUUGUCAUAUACAAAAAAUUGUACUAUCUAUUAAUAGAAAUGUUAUACACUGAAAGGAAUUACAAGCAUGGUGUCAUUGGGGGAGUAGAUAAAAUAGUGGAUAGUGAACAGGUAAUAAAUUUCAUUUUCAAUUUAGUGAAAAUUACUAGAAUAAUAAAAAUUCGAAAUAACAAAAUGGAGAACCUUUUCAAAUUGUUUCAAAACUAUGUUGAGAAUUUUCCUAAUUUCCAUUUUUCUAUUUUUAAUAAGAUGUUCCUUUUUAUAUACGAAGAUACAAAACUGGAAAAUAAAAUAUUCUUAACAAAAUAUCUCAACACAUAUUUUAAUGAUAAAAAAAUCACCAUGUACAUAUUGAACCAUAUAUUGCGUACUACCCCUGGGUUAAGGGGAAACAUGAAAAAAUAUGAUGCGCUUACCCAUUCAUACCAACAGUGCAAACUGCAGCAGAAGCAGAAGCAGAAGCAACAGCCUCAGGAGCAGCACCAGAAUUUCACUGGAAGUGAAGGACUCUCCCCCUAUGAAAUACACAAUUGCAUGAGUGGAAAAAGGAACAUGAAGGAAAUUACUCAGACUAAGAAUGAAAAGUGUGCUGCAGAUUCUGAGUUGGGAACAUUACGUCGUGACAAUAGUAAUAUUCCACAGAGACAGAACAAGUAUAAACAAGGAAAUUUCAGGAAAAUGAAAUUUUCAAAUAUUAAUCAAGAAAUUAUUAAAAAAGUUUUUCGAAAAGGGAAGAGUAUAUAUUCUAGUGACAGCUGCGAUUCAUCCAGAGGAAAUUUAUUUAAACUGAAGAUUAUAAAAAAUAGGAAUUACUUGUCUUAUGAAAGAGAGAAAGCUAGUUACCUCUGCCACAGCACAUGGAAGGAGAGUUAUGGAGCUGAUAUAAUGAGGGAAAAAGUGAUAAAUACAUAUUCUUCUAGCAACAUUAGUCAGGUAGAAUCAUCAUCUGUAACAGAACACUCAAGUAAGAACAGAAAAAAAAAUAAGAACAAUCUUAAUGUAUAUUCACAUUUAGACAAAGGAAGAAGGCAACAAUUUGGUGUAAACAUUUCGACAGAACAACACAUAUCUGGUGAUAACUUACUGAAUGAAAAAAUGCAGAAUUCUUUUAUGCCAAUUUCCACUAAUGAAGAAGUAUGUGUAAGGGAAGAUAACCAAUUGCAGAAUGAGUGCAAUCGAUUUAAAAAAGAGCAUAUGGAUGAUUACAGCUCAGACGAAUUUCUCUCUUAUGUGAAUAAUUUGUAUACACACUAUGAAAAAGUUUUGAGAGGACAAGAGAACAAACAAGGAAUUGUAAAUUUUGGUAAAUAUUCACAUAAUGUGAGUAAGAAGAAAGAGCAGUGGAAGGAGAACAGGAAGAAGAACCAAGGGAGAAUCUUCAGCAGAAGCAGUAACUUCUCUAGCUCCUCAUCCAUUUUCUGUAGUAGUUCUCAAUCUGAAGCAAGUGGAAAAGAGAGAGAGGAAAAAAAGAAGAAUCUAUGCUUUCACAUGAGCGAGCUUAAUGUUAGUGAUACUCAGAAAUUUUUACCCUUACUAAGUGCAGUAGACAUGAAAAGCAUGAAAUAUAAUGAAGAUAUAAAGAACUAUGAAACGCAUGAAUAUAUGCAGAAUAUGAAAGAGAAUGAAAUGGAACGUAGAUGCACCACAGAUAAUAAGAAUUUUUAUAAUUUGUUAAAUUUCAAUUAUGACAGUUCGUUUUGUUUUAUCAAAUAUAAGCCCUAUCAUGAAUUUAACCAUGAAAAAAGAAUUAAAAUAAAGAAAUAUAAUGAAAAAGAAAAAAAAAAUGAGAAAAAAAGAACUGAAAUUAUGUACAUGCCGCUCUACAUUAGCAUUAUCGGAGGGGUAGAUAUAUUUUUAUAUAAAUAUUACAACUACAUUUGUGACAUCUAUGUAAAUUCUUAUUUCUACCUGAAUACUUACUACUUUGAAAAAUAUAUACGCAAAAAAUAUAAAAAGAACAAGUGCUAUGAGCAGUACUUGAUGUACGAUCCCUUCUACUACAGUUACGUCUUCUGUAACAAAUACAGCAGCUACGAUAGUUCUAAAGUGGUUGAGAAGGAAAGAGUGGCUGGAAAUAGAUUCUUGAAAUUUUUUAAUUACAAGGGUAUCAUGAGUACAGCUGCUAGCCAGCAGCAUGUUCCCGAGGGAGGUGAAUAUGAGUUGGAUGAACGAAAAACAAUUAGAAUGAAAGAAGAAAUCAUUCAGAGUAAGAUUGAAUCUGAGGGAAGUUGGAAUCAGGGAGAGGUAGCCACACAAGAAGUAACUUAUGGAAUGAAAAAAAAAAAAAAAAAAAGGAUGAACAAUUCUGAGAAACAGAAUAAACCAAUACUGAAGGAAGUGGAGAAAUCCAGCAGAAGAGGAAAAACGAACUUGAGAAAAAAAGAUGAAGGCAAAAAUGGAAGAAACAGAAAAGGAUAUAUUACAAUCCAGAAUAAUUUUAAAGAAUGUGAAAAUCAUUUUUUCUAUACAGAAAAUUCUUUAAGUACAGAUGAUGAAGAAGAUCGAAUCUUGAAGAAAGAAGCAAAGGACGUCCAUAUUUUUAAAAGAAAUUUGUUUAUUAUUGAAUAUUUGAAGAACUAUUUCAACUUUCCUGUUCUUAUAAAAAUGGAAAACAUGGUAAAAGAUAUGUUAGAUAAUUACAAUUUGAAUCUAUUAUAUGUAAACAAGUAUAUUACACUAAAAAGUUUCUAUGGAUGCUGUGAAGGAGAUAAAGAAUAUGAAACUUUCCCUGCAAAAGGUGGAAAUGAUGGUAAGCAUAGCCAUCCUCCUGACGAGAAUAGUUGCAUAAAAAAAGAGUCCAAGGGUGAAACGUGCAGAGACAUAUGUCCGAAUGGGAAGAAUUACUACGAUAGGGGAGAAGUUGGAGAAGUUGGAGAAGUUGGAGAAGUGAAGGGACUGAAUUUAGAGAAGAAGGAUAUGUAUAAAGACGCAUGCAUGGAAAAAGAUAAUACGUGCUACUAUGAUUUGACGAGGGAAAGGUUCAUAGAAAGAAAAGGGAUUCAGCUUUCUAUGACAAUUAUAAAUGUAGAAUACUGGAAGUUUGAAAACUUGAAAGAAGAGGAUAAUGUUAUAAAGAAAUUAAUUCCAGAUUGUUUAGAAUCCUAUUUAGAUAUUAUAAAUAAAAUAUAUCAAAAUAAGAAUCCAGACAAGUAUUUAAUUUUUCUAUACGAUUUGUGUAGCAUGGAUUUGAGUAUUGAUGGGUACAUAUUCACAGUUAGUUUUUCAGAAGGAUUAAUCUACUUAUUUUUAAAUAGUCUUGAAAUGAGAACAAUGAAUCUUUACAAAAAUAAUUUAUUUUUCAACAAUUUUCACAUGAACAACUGUACUUACAACUUUGAGUACAUGUUUAUUUCCUCCAAUUAUAAAACGAAAGAUAAUAGGACCAUACACAUAAUUGUCAAUGAAAGUAUUAUUUUAUACGAUUUUCAUCUCAUUAAAAAUUCCCUAGACUUUUCCUCGUCGAAGAGGAAGAAGAAUUCCAAGAGGGAAAAUCCAUCGAGGAGGAAAAUUGGGAAGAAGUACGUACUCCAGGGAGAAGUGAAAGGUGUGAGGGAAGUAGACGAUGUAGAAGUAAACGGUGAGGAAGUAGACGAUGUGGAAGUAAACGGUGAGGAAGUAGACGAUGUGGAAGUAAACGGUGAGGAAGUAGACGAUGUGGAAGUAAACGGUGAGGAAGUAAACGGUGAGGAAUCGGAUAUUGUGGUAGCUAAUCACGUGGGUGCAGAAAAAUCCACGAACGCAUCCCUAAAGGAUGUCCAAAGAAAAAGCUACUCCUGCACAAAGGAAGGGAAUCAUAGCACGAAGUACUACGACACAAUGGAAAAUAAUUUCCCUAGUAGUGAAGCCAAAGACCUUUGGAUAAGUUGUGGUGAAAAGGAAAAGAAACUUAGCCUAAGCGGAAAGAAAAAUGAAAAAAUGGAAAAUUCUCAAAGUGACAAUUAUGUUGUAAAGGAACCAGGAAGUAAAAGCAGCCUAGGGGAAUUGUAUGAACCAGAUGCAGAAGGUGGAGAAUAUUACAUUCAAAUGAAAUCAAAUAAGACAAAAAGUAGAAAUGUCAAUGUCAAGUGUGCAGCACCGUUAUCAUUUACAGAGAGAGAAGCGGGAACUGGGAAAGAAAACGAAAUGCAUGACUCACCAAGUGAGGCAACAAAUAAUGAUGGUAACAACCCAGCAGUAAAUAAUAACCGAAGUAACAGCAGCAGCAGGAAUGGAGUAAGUAAUGAUAAUACUAUAAAUAAACAAAUAUCAUCCGAAAACAUCUACUACAAUUUGAAUUUUUUAAAAGAAUACCAAGAAAAAGAAAUAAAAAAAAUAACAAAGAAUAAAAAUGUUGAUGAUAUAAACAUAAAGUUAUUUUUCACAGAAGAGUACUUAAUACAGAAAACGAACUUCCCGGAGAAGUUCAUAAAAGAAACGUUAAAAAAAUUAAUUCGGAGAAAAUUUUUGCAAAAAAACACGUUCAAAGUUAUGAACCAAAAAAGUAACAAAACAGCUCAGUUCAUUGUGUACACAACAUCAGAUUUCGAUGUUUCUGUCGACACAGAUGUAAAUGAUAUGCAAGUGAAGGAUGAGAAAAUGGAAUCCUGUAAAAAAAAAACCCAGGAGGACUACUCUGGAAUCAAUUAUAGGGAACCCCAGAGACCACAUCAGCAGAAAUUGCAAGAAUCGGGACAACUCAUCUGGCAAAGGCUAGACAGGAGAAGAAAAAUUCAAGAGACAAGUGAUGUAUGCACUAAAAUCAGCGAAGAAGGUAAUGACAUUUUAGUGAAGAAGAGAAAAUGCAAUGAAAGUAAAGGUGGAAACGAGCAGCUUGAUCCCGUGAUCACCUGUACUAAUAAUAUAGAUAAAGAGGCUUUGGGGAAAAAAGUAUUAACGACAUCGUCUUCAUUAUUCUCAUUUUCAAAUUCGGAUGGAAUAAAAUCUAGAACUCACACCAACGCGCAAAAAGAGCUGCUCGAAGAGGAGGAGGAAACAUCCGACGUGGGAAUUACUGAGAAAGGAGAUUAUCAUCACCAUGUAGAUAAUAAUAAGUUAAGAAGUAGUAGUAGUAGCUGCAGAGGUAGUGGCAAUGUUAGGCACGAAAAGAGCCCAGAGGAUGAAGGGAAAAAGGAAACAGCCGAAGGAGCAAAUAGUCAUGAUCGGCUAGGAGGAAAAAUGGAGCGGGUUCAGAAAGUUGUAAAAGAAAAAAUAAUAGUUAAUAACUUAGCAUCAUAUAUUAGCAAGAGGGAAAGCUGUAACGAUGGCAUAAAUAAGGAAGAUUCGAUAGGCAAACAAGAGGAAACACAAAAUAUGCAAAGUAGUAGUUUUAACUGUAGUAGUAAUAUGAAUGAACCCUUGGAUUUCUUUCUUGACGAUGUUGUAACAGACGAUGAUGAGGAAAAAGAAAUUAAAAAAAGAAAAACAUUUGACAACUUAAAUUUAGAAGGAUCGUACGAAUUUUAUGAGAACGAAAUUUUGAAAAUAACAAAAGAUAGAAUGAACAAAAUGAAAGCAGAUCCUGGGAAAAACACCUCAACACCCCUCUUCUUAAUUGUUAGCAGUCUGAAUAAAACUCUGGCCGAAAAAAAGUACAAAAAUAUAACGCAGCCAAAUGUGCUAGCCAUUUUAAACAUAAUGAUGAAAAAGAAUAAGAUUGUUCGUGUUGGUGGGAAUUGGCAACCGGUCUAA